UUUUGGAUUUUGCAAACGGAGCUAAAGUCGGUUUUUUUGAGCUUCUUUGGCAAGUCGGGAUUGCUUACAUCUGGCAACCCUGCUCCAAACUUUCACUUUAAGAAGGCGCGUCUACGCUGCAGUGUAGUGUGUUUAUUACAAUCCUUAAAGUGGCACAUGGAAACCAUAGCUGAUUUCUACAUGGCACAGGAAUCCAGACCCACAGAGUCCGUCUGUCCAGUGUGAGGGAUUGCUUUAGAGAAAUUGAUCCACGGAGCAUAUUGCUGCAGCUUGUCAGACUAUUUUUAUCCGUGGCGGUUGCACCUACGGUGUAUGCGGCAGCGUGAGCUCCUCGCCAAAGGCGCACAGCGAGCGGAAGGGAAGGAUCCGCGGAUUCAGACAUACGGGUGUUGAGCUCGGGGCGAGACGAGAUAUGAAAUAGUCGCCGGUGCAGCCGUCAGAGGUGUAGCACAUUGGGACGUGAGUGACAUGGAGGCACCGCCGGGGACGAGCUGCUGCGAGCGCACCUUGGCCAAACGGGUGUAACAGAGCCGUGAAACGGGGUUGGGAUGGCAGCAUCCAGUAACUCAAGCCUCUCAGGUUCAUCUCUGUCCUCUGACCCUGAGGAUUACCAGCCACCCAUAUGGAAGUCUUACUUGUACCAGCUACAGCAGGAAGCCCCAAGACCAAAGAGGAUCACAUGUCCUCAGGAGAUGGAGACCAGACCCAAAUACUAUGGCAGAGAAUUUCAUGGAGUGAUCUCUCGAGAAUAUGCAGAUGAGCUGCUGGCGGGAGUAGAGGGUGCUUACCUCAUCAGGGAGAGCCAAAGACAGCCAGGGACACACACCUUGGCCUUAAGGUUCGGGCACCAGACCCUUAACUACAGAUUGUUCUAUGAUGGGAAGCACUUUGUCGGGGAAAAGAGGUUCGAGUCGGUCCACGACCUUGUGACGGACGCCCUCAUCACUCUUUACAUCGAGACCAAGGCAGCGGAGUACAUUGCCAAAAUGACCACAAACCCCAUCUAUGAGCAUCUUGGUUACACCUCGUUACUCAAGGACAAGAUGGUGCACAGGCUGAGCCGUGGACGCACAGAACCACGCAGGGUCACUUUUCAGAGAGAUGAAAGGAUAUCCUCACCUCUGGUGCGACGGAGUGCCUUGAAAGACACACCGGAGAAGCAGUGCUCCUAUGAGAAGAUCCACAACUUUAAGGUACAUACCUUUCGAGGGCCGCACUGGUGUGAGUACUGUGCCAACUUCAUGUGGGGCCUCAUCGCCCAGGGUGUCCGCUGCUCAGAUUGUGGGCUGAAUGUACACAAACAGUGCUCCAAACUGGUUCCAAGCGACUGCCAGCCGGACCUGCGCAGGAUAAAGAAAGUGUUUAGCUGUGACCUCACCACGCUUGUCAAAGCUCAUAACACGACGCGACCCAUGGUGGUGGACAUGUGUAUUCGAGAGAUAGAGCUGAGAGGUAUGAAAUCUGAAGGUCUCUACCGAGUGUCUGGCUUCUCAGAGCACAUAGAGGACGCGAGGCUCGCCUUUGACCGAGACGGUGAAAAGGCGGACAUUAGUGCCAAUGCCUAUGCAGACAUCAACAUCAUUGCUGGUGCUUUGAAGCUCUACUUAAGAGACCUUCCCAUUCCAGUCAUUACAUUUGACCUGUACUCCAAAUUCAUUCAAGCUGCAAAAAUUCCAAAUGCUGAAUCCAGACUGGAGGCCAUCCACGAGGGUUUGCUGCAGCUCCCCCCGGCCCACUACGAGACCCUACGAUACUUGAUGGCUCACCUCAAGAGGGUGACAAUGUUCGAAAAGGACAAUUUAAUGAACGCUGAGAACCUGGGGAUUGUCUUUGGUCCAACGCUUAUGCAGCCACCGGAGCAGAAUGCCUUGACAACCCUGAAUGACAUGAGGCAGCAGAAGCUAGUGGUGCAGCUUAUGAUAGAGCAUGAAGAUGUCUUAUUCUAAGGACUGGGGCAUGCUGGGCUUACAAACAAGAACGAAGGACAACUAUUUAUUCUGUCAAAGAGGAAAUUCAAGCCACCUUGAUUCUAAUGAAGUUUCAGAAUAGUUUGUAAUCAAAUUGAACUUGACAUGCUUCUUUCUCGCAUGACUGUUUUAGUUGAAGUUGGUCUAGUGCUGACAUUGUCUUGUUACUGUAGGUUUUGAGUUCCCAUACUCAGCCAAGACCAUCAUUUUUAUAUUAGGGAAUGAUCCAGCAUAUGUAACUACCUACAGUGCAGUUCCCUCCUCUCAUUGAUUUGAAGACUGUCACUACCUGGUGUAGACCCAGUCAUGAUUACAGCACUCUGUGAAAUCUGCCUCAGGCAGAUUGUCAAUCAGUGUAGGCCUGGUGCUGUGUAAACCAAGCUCCACAGUGGCAGCCAAGUUUACGUUCCCACGUGACAUGUGUGCAUAUUUGGAUUUUUUUUUUUUUUUUUUUGUGGGAACCUUGGUUAAAAAUUGUAUGGAAAAAGUGUGGAUCCUUUCAUUGUAGAUAAAAUCAGAUCAUGUAAUGAUCAAUAUUUUAACUGUCUGUACUAAAAAAUGAGAGAUGAGACAAUUGGGCGCUCAUGAAGCACUUUUUUGCAGCAAGUGUAAAGAUUUAUUUUGUAAAGAUGUUUAUUUUUGUCUUUUACUCUGCAUCAUGUUCUGUCACAAUAAUAUAUACUGUUGAGAAUGAUGUCUGUUGAAUCAAUGUCUAAAAACAAAACUGUUCACAAGAGAAAAGAAGAGUCCGAAGAAUGUGGAUCUACCAUUUUCAUUUAUGUUUUCAGUGAGGAAACAGGUGGUUAGAUACUGGUCCUUAAUUUCCAUGUCAUUUUACAGACUGCAUCACACGAGCAAAGCUCUUCUUUACAGAUGUUGAUUGCCAGUUUUGCAGUAGUUCUGUUUACAUUCUGUAAUUUGGGACAUUUUCAAGUGAAAAAUAAGAUUGUGGACCUUUUCCUUUUUUUU